GAAUUUCACAACUGGUAUCUCCACGCUCCUGCGAGAAAACUGUAAAACACGCGUCCCUGAGAACAAACAAAAUCCUAAGGGCCUAAACCCUAACCCAUUCCGAAAUUAGGGCUUAUGCUUCGUCUCUAAAACGCAAAAUCAAAUUCGUAAAUGGCGGUUUUGGCGGGAAAUAUCAGGUUGACAAUCUCAUCCCAGAUUCAAUGUCGAGUCUUCUUCAUUCCCUGGGUGAAGAAGAACAAUGUCACUGCCAUCACAUGUUUGCAGAGCAGGGACUAUUGUUCAUCAGUUCCGGUUAGGUACUUUCCUAGGAGAUAUUCUAAGAUUGACAAACCAGAAAGUCCUCUGCCAAGAAAAGGUUCCAAGAAAAAUGAAUUUCCUGACUAUUCAGAUGGAAUGCAGAGAAGUUUUGUUUCUGAUGAGGAGAAGUCUCAAAAUCAGGAUCAAAUGUUGAAGAACACCGUGUUGUUUGAUGAUGCUGAACAAGACUAUGAACUCAUGGAAGAGCCUGAGGAGGUUGUUAAAAAGUUCAGCAUUCAUCAAGGGAAGGAUUGUGAACAGGAUGUAUCAUGUGCCAUUAAAGCUAAGCAAGAUGCAGAAAACUUUGCAACCAAGCUACUUGCGACAAGAUCAUUCACAGCUGUUGAAGUGAGAAAGAAAUUGCUGGGGAAGAGAUUUUCACCAGAUACUGUGGAGGCAGUCAUAAAUGAUUUCCAGAGAAGAGGGUUUAUCAAUGAUAGAUUGUAUGCGGAAAUAUAUUCUCGGUCUAGAUGGUCUACUUCAAGUUGGGGACCAAGGCGUAUCAAGCAGGCACUCUUGACGAAAGGAGUAAGUGAAGUUGAUGUGGAGAAAGCAGUAAAACUGGUUUUUGAGGAUGGUAAAUCUGGUGAUCAACAGUCGAGUCUUGGCUUGUCAAAGCUUUCCAUGGAUAAUUUAUUUGUUCAGGCCUCAAAGCAGUGGCUGCGAGGUCGAGAUGUGCCAAAAGAGACAAGGAAAUCAAGGAUAGUUCGGUGGCUUCAGUAUCGUGGGUUCAACUGGGGUGUUGUCAGCACCAUAUUGAAGAAGUUAGAAUCACAGUAUCCUCCCUAGGGCACCAGUUGGAUCUCUUACUUCCAUAGCUUCUAAAAAGUGGGAUGCAGUGCCAUAUUCAUCACUUCACAUGUAAAUUGUGUGAUAUGGACAGGGUUACACUUACACUCUCAAUUGGAACGCGCUGUUCUGGCCAAAAGAAAGUUGGUCCCCAUAGGCCUUACACUCCACACUGCUGCAUCAGCUACCCUAAAGUCAUCUAGGUAGAAUUACCUUACGGACAGCACAGAGAUGCUGUUGGUGGAGUCAAUAUUUUUAUUUCUGGAUGUAUAAAUCCUCAUGUACCAUUGAUAACUCUUAACGAAAUCCAGUUGCUUGUGUGGUGUAUGUAUUUACUCAUUUUGAUAGUAGUUACUGAAGAGUAGUUGAAUGUAGAUUCAAUUCAUAUUUGAAAGCUUCUCUGAAGAUAUAUAAUUGUAAUAUCUGGAAUGUUGUAAGGACCAUCGGAUCAAUUUAAUUCUUGUGUUUACUACAAACAGGUUGGAUAUACUUUCUUUCUUUUUUUCUUCUAAGCAAACAGGUUGGAUAUACAAUACAAAUGACUGAAAUGAGGUGUUAACUAAUCUUCUGGAUCAAGAUAAAACCUCGUUGAAUUGAUCCUUUGUUUUUUCUUCCUUCUUCACUAUAGUAAAUUUAAGGAGAGUAUUGGAAGAAGAGACCCAUAAGCGUUUUCUGAGGUCCAUCUUAAAAGUACUAUGACUCUCAUAAGUAGCUUAGUCAAUUAUAAACAUCAUUCAUCUGUUUUCUUUAUGGG